AUGGGUAGCGCAACAUCAAAGGCAAAGAAAAACAGUCAAAAGGAAACAGAUUCACAGCGCCACCCGCCGUCUUCACGAGGUAAAACUCUGAGCGACACAAAGAAAAUCCUUCUUCUUCACAAAUCGGGCGAAGAGCAGCUCAAAGUCGUGAAGAAUUUCCGUGACGCUUUGACUAUAGCAGCGAAUGGCGGCAUUCGCGUGAUAAAUUCUGUCAACAUCGAUGAAGGAACAGAUAAUUUCGAAGGGCUUCCCUGGCUUGAACUGGAAUUAAACAACGUUAUUUUAAUCUGCCUAACGUCAGAGGCCAUCGUCCAGUUGGAAACUAUACUUCGUGAGAAGCGGCUGGCAGAUGAAAACGGCCACCUUCAUGGAAAAGUUUUCAGCGUUUCGUUUGGGGAAAACAUGUCUUCUGAAUGGCCACCGAAGGGGAUCAAACGAAGUACACUUAAUGCCCGAGAUUUCUACUUCGGGUUCGCAAACGUGGAAAAGUUACUGACGAAAGAUUUUGAAAAAUCGGAAAAAAUGAAUGCUCUUGUCGCCGCGAUCAAAGGAACAGAUUAG